GUUCAGAUUUUUUUCUGAUCGGUAACUGAAGGUACUGCACUACAGUGAAUGAACAUUUGAUUAUAAAGUGAAGGACAACGAGCCUCAAAAAAGACUGCUAGAAGCACAAGAAUGUGGCUCAAAAUUCAGAUAUUGCUCUUAUAUUGCGUUGCAAGUGAAGUUUCUAUGGCAAAGCAGCUGGACUCUAAAAGAAAAUUUCCGAGAGGACUUUACUCUGUAGAAGAUGGCGGUUUUGCAAAGUGGAACAGGAUUAAAAGGAAUCUGUAUCAGGGAAGGUCCUGCAGGGUACGAGGCUGUUGCACAGGAAGAGAUGAUGAGUGCAGCUUUAAUAUCGUCUCCAAAGCAGCUGUAUGUUACUGUGACCAGUACUGCACCUCAGGUUCUCCUGGCCCUGUGGACUGUUGUGCUGACUAUUGGGAUGUUUGCGACCAUCCUGUUGUGCCCACCUGGUCAGAUGAGCCUUGGCCACCUCCAGCAUCAGGUUGUUAUAAAGAUGGCCGAUAUUACGGAGAAGGAACAGUAAUUAAAGACAACUGCAAUUCCUGCAAAUGUUUCAACAGCCUCUGGAAAUGUUCAGCAGAUGUAUGCAUUGUUCGCCAAGACUUAAUUCAGCGCAUCAAUUCUGGAGAUUAUGGAUGGAAAGCUGAGAACUACAGUCAGUUCUGGGGAAUGACAGUGGAAGAAGGUUUCAGAAAGCGCCUGGGCACCUUUCCUCCAUCUCAUUCUUUGCUGAAUAUGAGAGAAGCUCCAGGAAAGUCACUUCCAGAAGACAAGUUUCCUGCAAUUUUUUCAGCCACUUAUGAGUGGCCUGACUGGAUUCAUGAUCCUUUGGAUCAACGAAACUGUGGAGCAUCCUGGGCUUUUUCAACCGCAAGUGUUGCAGCAGAUAGGAUAACAAUUCAUUCCAAGGGUGAGAUCACAGACAACCUUUCCGCUCAGAAUUUGAUCUCUUGUGAUACCAGGAAUCAACAUGGAUGUAAUGGUGGAAGUAUUGAUGGUGCUUGGAGAUAUCUGAAAACACACGGGGUUGUGUCCUAUGCUUGUUAUCCAUCAUUUUGGAACAGUCAUCUGGGGCCAUCAGCUGAAAAUCAUUGUUAUGUGUCAAGUGAAUAUGGAAAAAACUAUACAAAUGGACCUUGUCCCAACGCUUUAGAAAAGUCCAAUCGGUUAUACCGAUGUGCCUCUCACUACAGGGUCUCCUCAAAAGAAACUGAUAUAAUGGAAGAAAUCAUGGACAAAGGACCAGUGCAAGCUGUAAUGAGAGUGUAUGAAGACUUUUUCCUUUACAAAACCGGAAUAUAUCGACACACCCAGAAAGCAGGAUCUAAAUGGAAAACUCAUUCAGUCAAACUCCUUGGGUGGGGAUCAAUACCUGACAAAAAUGGACAGAAACAGAAGUUCUGGAUUGCUGCAAAUUCCUGGGGAAAAUCUUGGGGAGAAAAUGGCUAUUUUAGGAUUCUACGUGGACAAAAUGAAUGUGAUAUUGAGAAGCUGAUUUUAGCUACUUCGGGGGAGCCAUAGUCUAUCUGUACCAUACACUGAUGUAUCUAUUCUUUCCACUGUUGCAUAUUGAGUCUUUCUAGAGAAAUAAAAUGUAUUCUCUGAACUUAGCCCUCCUUAGGUCUUCCUGACAUGAACACAGUGCAGACAUCACAUCAUGCUCAGAUCUCACCUGGUACAAACACCCUUUUAUACUAAAAGCAUGUCAUAUUCAGUACUAUGGAAAACCUUGGUGUCUCACAGACCAAGAAGUUCCCUCCUCUGUUCUUUCCAUCUCACCACUGUGUUGUUAUAUUACUAAUGCUUGAUUGAACAGUACCUGAAAUAAAUGGAGUUAGACUGUUAAUCCCAAAUCACUUCAGAAAUAUUAUGUGCUCUUCCAAACAAAAUUGGCUAACACAGCUCGUGGUCAUACUGGAUAAUAAUGUCCAAGGAAAUGUGAAUAGAGUUCUGAUCCUGUAGCUGAAGAAUUAUUUCCUAUCAUCUUACUUACAACUAAAUAAGUUGUAUCUAUGCAUCAAUAUCUCUUCCAGGAAAUUAAUUUUUUUCCAGUAGAUCUCACAAAGUUAAUGCAUUCAGAGUAAUAAAAAUAUAACUUGCAGUGAAACAGUGUAUUCCUCUUCCUAGAACCACUACCAAAACUGUACAGUUGUAGUAUUUUUUAAAUCAAAAUAACACUAAGAAGAAAUGUAGAUUCUCUUCAAUUCAGUCUAGACUACACUAAUUCAUAAAUUACUUGCCUUCCAUUCCCUAUUUAACCUGGGAUCAGGCAUGUGUCACCAUUCCCAGAAGACUGUUUCCAAUAGAUAAAGGUGGAAAAGACAUUCUGUUGUUUGUCUCCACUGACAUAUCUGUAGUCCAGGCACAGUUCCUGGUAUUGGUCAUCAGGAUCAUUACUGCACAUGAGACUCCCUGAACCUCUUCCCCUACUAAUGCUUCUAUAGGUGCUUCUGUCUGAAGAAGCAGCUUUCUGCAAUACAUCCCCUCCUACAAGCAUUAUGCAAAUCUUGGUAGGCUUGAGGACUGUUUUGCCUAUUUUGUUAAUUAAAAUACAGAUAUUGCAGCUAUUGUUAUAAGAAGAAAUUAACUACUUCUACCCGUCUCAGUUUCAAUUAAUCCAAAGGCAAGAUACCAACAGGAAUCAUCAGUCAUAAAAUUAUCUAUAAAAUAAAAUAUGACAUGUUAAAUAGGUGAUGCAAAACGUGCCAUGAAAUUUCAAUGAACAAAGAAUUUUCAGCAACACCUUCAGUGUCUUUAACAGAAUAUGUUCAUUCCUUCUAGAAAAUAAGGAACUUGAUUUCUAAUGUCAUCAGCAAGUUUCUCCAAGAAAUUUCCAUUGAAAUAACAUCCCUUAAACUAAAGUUGGGUCACAAUUUAUGUUGCAUUACUAUUGACAGAGCUAUUAUUAAAGUGUUAGUACUAUAAUGCUGCAUUACAAGCCUCCUGUGGCCUCUGGUGCCAUACAGUAAACUGAAUUAAG